AUGCACCAUGACACAGAAGCUGAUCCGCCGCCGCAGCUCAUCGAGACUCAAGCAGCACAGCUUCCUCCCCGCAGAUCAUCUCGCCUAGCCAGCCGCCUUGCGGGCAGCCCACAACAGGCUGUGGACGUGUCGGCCACUAUGAGUGAGCCGAGUCGUAACCCCAAGCGCAAAGCUAGCGAGGCGGCAAACCACGUUACUGCGCCCCCCGACAAGUUACUCGACGAGGCACUGGCGCCACUCACUUCCAAGGACGUCCAAGAAUGGGAGGGUUGGAUCGAGCUGGAGUCAGAACCAGCAUUCUUCAAUAUUAUACUACGAGAUCUAGGCGUCAAGCACGUCAAAGCUCAGGAGAUCUUCACCAUCGACCAGGAUUCUCUUGACAUCCUACCGAAACCUGUGCUCGGCUUAAUAUUUCUCUUUCAAUAUGUCCCAGGCCAUGAUGAUGUGGAUCAGGACGAAGACACAAGCGACGUAUGGUUCGCCAACCAGACCACCGACAAUGCGUGCGCCACCAUCGCAUUGCUCAACAUCAUCAUGAAUGCCGAUGGGAUAGACCUAGGCCAAAAUCUCCGCGACUUCAAAGAAUCUACGAAACACCUCAGCACCCCCCUCCGUGGCCACCAACUCAGCCGAAACACCUUUAUCCGCACCAUCCACAACUCCUUUACCCGCCGUAUGGAUCAUCUCAACGCCGACUUGUGCUUGGAGAACGAGGCAUCGGAAGCGAGUUCCAAGAAGGUCAAGAAGCGCGCUGCGCCAAAAAAGGGGAGGAAGACAACCAGGAAGAAGAAAGUCAAACCUGAAUAUGGGUUCCACUUUAUCGCAUAUGUUCCUGCGGGAGGUUAUGUUUGGGAACUGGAUGGGCUGAAGAGCAAGCCUCACAGACUAGAUGCAGUAUCCUCAGGUGACUGGACGAGCAUUGCCCGGCCCCAGAUCGAAGGCCGCAUGCUGCAGUAUGAAGAAAGUCAAUUGUCCUUCAAUCUCCUCGCGCUAUGCCAAAGCCCACUCGCCGCCCACUCCCAAGCAAUUGCUCGCGCCGUCGCAUCUCUCCGUCAUCUUCACGCUCAAUUGCAGGCGUGUUCCGCAUUUACAGAACUCGUCGCGGCCGAACCUAGUCCGCUCGACAUCGAUGACGAGUCGCGACUUUCCGAAUUUAACCUCAGCAAGCUGGCCAUCAUCGAAGCAGAAGUCCCAGAGGGCAUACGAGAGAAGUGCGCGCGGACUGAUUUAGAGACAAGCGAUGCAUACGCGCUGCAUCAAGAGCUCGUUAUUGAAGUAAAGGCUGCCAUGGGCGAGUAUCGCGCCGAGUUAGUGGCCAUUGCCGAUGAUGAGCAGCGUGUCAAGGGCCGGAAGAAGGAUUAUGGUCCUGCUCUACACAAGUGGGUGAAGAAACUCGCUGAAAAGGGGGUCUUGGAAGAUGCGAUAAAAAGUGCCGCAUAA